GACGCUUUGCAGAAGAAGUACACGGAGCUCUUACAAGACAUGAAGCGUACUGAGCGCGAUCAUCAGAAGGCCAAAAAGCGUGGUGAUCAGCUUCAGAAAGAGAAGGAUACGCAAAGAACUGAGCUGACAAGGGUCACCGCUAUGAAGGAUAAACUUGAGAAGAUUUCUCGAGAUUUCACCAAGGAGAACAAGCGACUUAAGGUACGCACGCAAAAUUAUUUUGCCGACCAACGUAUCGGGAGCUGACACUACGUGUAGGACGAGCUUCAAAACCUCAAGGCAGCAGAGUCUAGUGCCCGAGAGGAACUUCAUGACCGUCUUGAACGUAUGGUCACAGAUGUUGAAGAUUGCGUUACUGCUCAAAAUUUACCCGAGCAACAGCCUCCCAUCGACAUGGAAUUGGAUGAAUUAUUCCGUCAAAAGUUUAAGUCGUUCAUCGAUCAAUACGAAUUGCGCGAACUACAAUUCCACUCUCUCCUCAGGACCAAGGAACUCGAAAUACAAUAUCAAAUGGCACGCUUAGAGCAGCAACGAAAACAACAAGAGGUGGAGUCAUCCAAGUCCCAUCAGUUGACAAAACAGGUGUCGACCUUCUCUCAAACCGAAACUGAACUUCGCACUCAAUUGAAUAUUUAUGUGGAAAAGUUCAAGCAGGUGGAAGAAACAUUGAACAACUCCAAUGACCUGUUCUUGACAUUUCGAAAAGAGAUGGAGGAGAUGUCCAAGAAGACAAAGCGCCUCGAGAAAGAAAACCAGACACUCACCCGGAACAAGGAGAUUACCAACCGCAACAUAGGCGAGAUGGUUGAAGAACGUCAAAAGAUGCAGGACUCCUUAAGUCGCAAGGAUAAAGAACUCGAGGAUCAGCGGAAGAAGAUAGUAAGACUCGAAACGCUAUGUCGAGGUAUGCAGGCUCAGGGCCGUGGUCAAGUACCAAUGAGUGAACUGGAAGAAGAUGAGGAGGUGACAGAGAGCGAGUACGAUUAUGAAGAUGACGAUGAGGACGACGAUGAGGGUAGUGCGGAUUAUGAUGACGACACGGAGGAAGAUCUGGAGCCUGUACCAGAACGCCGACCUUUUGGGCCUGUUCCACCACCGCCUCCGCCACCUCAAAAUGUCCCAAACCGCCAAGUCAACGGACACAGGCAAACUAACGGUGUCAAACGUUAAAAAAUGCCUGGAGUAGCCAUAUCCUAUUCUUGCAUCCUUGAAGGACAACAGCAUUAGUUUUUCUGCAAUGCAUCUUUGCUUGACGGUCUUGUACUUUUAUGCCCAUAACAGUGUAUUCGGGAGGGUUUCAAGGCUGUUUUAAGGCUGUUUUCUGGCUACAGUAUACUCUUAAGCAGAACAUUAGGUAUAGGAGACAUCAUACUAGCAAGUGGACAGCCCGACGUGCCAACCCUCUGUACCCUGUUGGUUCUGAACCCUCAACUUGUGUAAUGAUGUAACCUGUGGAAUGGAAUUAGGAGAUGUAAGGCACUCUAGAGGGGAAUGAUUCCAGGUCUGGGCUCUUGCAUGCACAAACCCAUCAUCUUUAUCAAUUAUUUCGGAAC